AUGAGAGCACGUUGCGUCACGUUGAAGAAGCGGCCAGCGACGUCGAAGAAAGCGGCCGGCGACGUCGAAGUGCCUCGGACUGUCCUCAGUGCCGUGCCCCGGACCGUGCUCAGUGCCGUGCCUCAGAGAGUCCACGCCGCGCCGACUCUCCGACAACAUGCACCGCUGCAGCAACCCUUCGCAAUCGCUCCAAACACACAGCCUGCACCGGCCCUCUUCCAAGACUCUUCAAACUUCCAAAGAUCUCCAAGCAACAGCCUCGAUACUGUCGCUCCCGUGGCUGCACGGCCAAGGCAGUUCUCCGCGCCCAAAUUAAACCGAGCCAAAGGCGACGAUGGAUAUGGAAUGCCUCCUAUUGACCAGUACAACCCCCAGACCAACACCAACCUUGCUGGACUUUCGCCUCCAGUACAUCCGACCUAUUUUACUUAUAACUCGCAGAACCAAGGACUGAGAAAGCAGUUCGCCGUGAACCAGGCUAAUUUCGAAGACAAGUCGCCGGUUCAGCUUCCACGAAACAAUUUUGAUCCUUUGCGAAACAGGCAAGCUCCUCAGAGUAUUCCGACUAUCCAGCCACAGCCACAACCGAAAUUUGGACGCCAAAGUGUUCCUCCCCAAACAACCCCUACGCCAGUGCAAAAUCAACGCGUCGAUUUCAACACCCAGCGGCAGUCAGCUCAGUUUGUUCACAAGGCCCCUCUGUCAGACCGCGAUCGCGAACUGCUCACGAGGCAGCCUGUUAGAACUUUUGAAAAUUUCGAAGCCUUAAAGAUUUCUCUGCAAAACAGUCCUCAGCAAAGACAGGUUCAGCGACCAGUUCAGAACUUUGAAGAGCCAAGAGCUAAUAGCUUCCAAGUCCGUUCUCAGCCAAAUGUGGCGUUUACUAGACCACCACAGGAGCAGUUUAACCGGAAUGCGGAAGUCCUUAGAAUCGUGAAGAAUGAAGCUCAAUCGAGACAGCCUUUCCUUGAAAGAACUCCGGAACCAUCGAGAAAUAGCAAUCUUGGCAAUGCUCGUUCAGAGCCUACCAGAAACUCUGAAGUCGAAAAAAGACCUAACAAUCUUCUGCGUAACGUUGAAGAGCCGAGAAACUUCAGACCUAGACAGCAGGAGAAUUCGUUCGCUCAGCAACGAGGCAGAAUCGAGUUCCCCACGGAGACAACGACAGCUAGCCGGUUCGUUCCUCGACGACCGGAACCGACUUCGACUACUCAGAGACCUGCGGAGGCUUGGUGGCAGAAGACUGACACUCCAUGGUGGUUGAGAAAUCCACAAAAUCCUUUCACGGCUGUCACAAAGAAGGCUUGGCAAGCGCCACCUCAAGCCUUCACAACUGAAGCGCCGGUUCCAAAAAAAAUAAGUUCGAGUUUUGAGCUCAGAAGCAGCGAAAACGACUUCAAGCCAAAGAGUUUGCCAGAAUUGAAAAUCAAAAAAAUAAUCAAGCAGCCUGUUCUUGAAAGCACCACGAGGGUCUGGACUACUUCGACUACGACGCAGAGACCAACAACGACUCAGCCAUUGAAACAAAGAAAUCCUGUAGAAAGUUCUCCAUUCAUUAAUUUCGACCGGAAGCAGUACAUCUACUACAAUGGGGACUUCUACGGACCUACGAUUCCUGGUAUUCGUAUCAACUCGACCAACGGUCAAGUCAUUGAUGAGUCACACGGACAAGAAGACGUGGCCGCCGCUUUCCGAAGCUUCCAGACGCAGCUCCAAGGAUUCCGAGCAAACGUCGAUCGUUUUGUCAGCGCUGCGAAGACUUCGAAAACAACAUCGCCAGAAGUCCCGUCUGACAAGACAGAGAACCUGAAAAAGGCAUCUGUGCAGACUCCGAAAGUACGAACGCCCAACAUUCAUCCGAGUAAGCUUUCUGAACUUGAUGAGCGUGCUUUCCGGCAUCAACUCAAACACACCUCGCUUUUGCUCUCAAAUAACAGUCGUCGUCCAGAAAGCAGAUCUAACUCCCACGUUAUCUCUAAUAACCCUUCGCAACAUGGUGUUUCUAACUAUUUUAACCAGAACAAAUCGAUUUUGGCCUCAAGCACCAGCAUUGCAGGAAUCUCUGACGAAGAAGAGGAAGAAGAGUUGACCAGCGAGGAGUUUGAGCAACCUUCCCAAGGCCGUCGGACAUUCGGAGCCGUGGCUUCUGGAGUUCCUCUUCACACGGCCACGCAUCGUGUCGAGAACUACAACUCGCCGAAUCCACCACUCCGUGAAGCCGCUGCUGGACCUAUCCUUGGUAAGAAGCACCUGGAAGUCCUGCCAAUCGCUGGUCUCGACGCCAUCUCGGCUGCUCACCCACCAGCACCAGAACUGCAGACGACGCUCGUCCCCCGUAUUCCGACUCAGAGCCGCUCUUUGCUCUCCGUCAUCUCACCACCUGUCCAUCACAAUCCAAAUCGAAUUAUCACAGGCUUUGUUCCCUCUUCUUCCACUACCUCCACUACUGGAGCACCUAGUAGCACAACUCCUGCAACCACUACAAGCACUAGUAUCUAUCGCACUAGCACGACUGCAGAAGACGUUCUCGAAGAAGAAAAUGAGACGACAGUCGUCAACGAGGUCGAGAGCAUGCCUGAAGACGAUUUCUCAAGGGAGCAGGUCAUCAAGGACGUUGAAGAGUCGGAGGCCAGUCAGAAGGUCUUGUUCGGCACAGCCCCGCAUGCAUCCACACCAAAUUCUGAGUUUGCGGAAGAAAUCAAUGGCUCUGGCUCUGAACUCGAGCGUGAAGAAGAGAAAGAAGAAACGUCAAAUAUCGUGCCUGCUCUCCCUCCCUCAGACCCUAUCAAUGAGUAUAAGAGAAUCAACAUUCAACCGAUCCCUAAUAGAGAGGAGGAGCCAUCGGAAACAGAAGACAGCGUAACAGCAGAAGUUACCGAAGAGAAAAAGGUUUCUGAGUUCUCGAAUGUAAGCAGCGAAGAGCAUGAAGAUCCAAAAGCCAGCACGAUCGAGCAUGUAUUCCCCUCAAGCACAUCCACAGAACCUAGCACUCAGCCAAGCACGACGGCUGAAGCCACAACAGUCUCCACAAAGGCCAUUCCCACGGAGCCGUCCAGAUUCGCGUUCUCAAGCGAUGAAGACGAGAACACCGAACUGAUUGACGUGGUUCCAGAACACAGUCACGUCUCCAGCUCUCACACUUUUGAAGUGGAGAAGCCAUCGCACAUUGUUCAAACCUCCGAACUUGACGAAAACUUCAAAUCAGUGGAAGACGUCUCGAAGAACGCCAUCGGUCGAGCUCCUGAGCCUGUCGAUGUCAACAGUUUUGGUGAGUUGAAAUUUCAAAGAUUUUAAUAGAGUAUCCAUUUUCAGCCAUGCCUCCACGAGUAUCUCCUCCAUCCACUCUGGGCACCACUCCAAGCACAGCUGCUCCAAAAACGACCACUUCGGAGAAUCUCGUCGUUCCCGCUGUCACCUCGAGCUUUGUGAGUUUUAAAAUAAAAACUUUGAAAAAAAAAUUUGGAAAAAGUUGGUUUUUUUCGGAAAUUCUUUUGAGAAAUCAAAACUGAAAUGAUUCUUGACAAACAGCAAUCUUCUGAUCUUCAAGCAUAAUUCUCUGCAGGAGCCCAAGUUUGACGGCAGAAUCGUGUGCGCGAUGCCUCCAGACGCUGGAACCUGCUCCAACUACGUCCAACGCUGGUUCUUCAACUCUCAAACCGGCCAAUGUGAACAGUUCUCCUUCGGCUCUUGCGGCGGAAACCCCAACAACUUCCCGGAUAGGAACAUUUGCGAGCGCAAGUGCAUCCCACGUAAGAUCUCCAGACUGAGUUGAAUGAAAAACUGACGUCUUCAGACCACGUCAUUCUCUCCCAGGUUCCCGAUCGUUGCGCAAUCGACAAGGACGCCGGCUUCGGCAAGGGAUACAACGUCAAAUGGUUUGUUAGAUGAAUCGAUAGAGAUAAUGACCGCUUUUCAAGGUAUUUCAACAUGAAGAACCUGCGAUGCGAGCAGUUCGUCUUCGAAGGCCUCGGAGGCAACGCCAACCAGUUCGAGACUCUCAGCGAAUGCGAGCGUCUUUGCACUCGUCAGUUUAUUUUCGAUCAAAUAAAGACUGAAAAUACAAUGCUUCUUUUCACGUUAAACUUGAUUAUACUCCAAGAACUCAGAAUAUUUCAGCAUCCAGCCCAAAUAACCAGAAAACUCAGCCAACCACAACCACUGCUGAACCAAUCGAAAGCGAGGAAGAGGAUGAUUAUUCGGUUUGCACUAUAUUUAAAAUAUUCGUAGGAAUUUUCUUUUAAUUUUGCGUUGGCGUCAAAAAGCAGUUGCAUCGGACAUUUUGGAAGAGCAUUUCUAGAAAGAAAAAAAAACCGCGUAAAGGUCUCAUAAAUAUAACUAUCCCUACAGUUGGAAAGAACAAAGUGAAGGAAGUCAGGUAUUCAAUCAAUGAAUCAAAUUUCAGAAAGAAAAAAAAAACAUUACGCGCCCAAUUUUAAUCAAAGUUUUGAUUGCAGUUGGAGAGACUCGGAGUUGAAUCUCCGGAGAAUGGAGUCGCUCCUCUGUCGAGCAUCCAUCGCGCCAUCGUUGCCAACAUCGAUCAAGGAAUCGAACUGCCGCCUCUGCUAAUCCCUUCGGAAGCCACUUCGACAGCUUCUCCAUCCACGACUACCACCGCCGCCACGACCACUCGUCCAGUUCCUCCAGCCGUCACGACGACGUCGUCUGCUCCGACCACGGCAGCUCCGACCACGGCUGCUGCGACGACAACCGCCGCUGCUCCUCAGCCAACGACUCCAGAACUACUGUUGGCGCCACUCGCGCCGACUCCUGACAACCUUCCAGUUCUGCCUCCACUCCUUGCGCCGACCCCUGACAGCCUUCCAGUCUUGCCUCCAGCUCCAGAGCCGCGACCUCCCGCCGCCCAGGCUUCUAAAACGAUCACUGAAGAGCAGAUCCGCAAGGAGUCCAAGAGCUAUCCUGCCGAGUCGGUUGUCGGACGCGAAAAGUUCCCAACUGCCAACGAUGGUCAGCCUAUCGUUGGAAUGAGCCCCAAGGAAACCGUCAACUAUCAGACCGGAGAGGUUAGUGAUAUCAUCUUAUUGAUCGGUAUAGGAACACAGAAGUUGAUGGAAAUGACAUUAAAAAAUGUGUUUCCUGGGAAGAAAAGAAGUGAAAAAGAAAAGGAAAAAUUUAUUAUUUUUUCAUAAUCAUUUUUACAGGUGAAUCACAGAGCGAGUGGAAUCCGAACGUUCCCUGCUGACGAAGGCAAGGCCAUCAACAUCGGUAUUCAUCAUCUGUAGUUCACAUUCAUCAUUCCCUCAUUCAGACGCUGAUUUGCGCAAAAAAGAAUCAUCCAACAUGCCGGCCUGCGCCAACGGUCGACAAGAAAUCCGGUACGCUGACGGCCGACCAGUCAUGUGUCUUCCUGGAAAGAAUCAGGUAUUUUCCAAGGUUCUUCUGCAUCGAAAGACCUUUCUGCAGUGCCCCGACGGCUCUUCGUGUUACUUCAACGGAAUCGACUUCACUUGCUGUCCUAACGAGGAAGAUCCUUACGACAAGCACGCGUUUGGCGGCUACGACGGCGAGGAGGCCAAGCAGGGCUACAAGGUCUUCGGACCGCUCAGAAUCCGUCGCCUGAUGGACGAAGUGCCGUUGAGACAGCGUCGAAACGCCGAAUUCAGCCUGGAUUCCGUCGUUGCUCCACUCAGAUUCGAUGGUAAUUUUUUUUAAUGUCUUCCAACCUAUCCUUUAAAGUUUCCGAUUUUUAAAAGCGUUUGAAAAUCUAGAAGCAAAUAUAAGCUCAAUUUCACACUUAGUGAUACUCUCAAAGGGAAUAUCUUCAUAAUUCUGAUUUUUGGUUUUUAAAAAUUACCAUCAAGCUUCGUUGAAUCGAAAACGCUGUAUCUUAAGCUUGGAAAAGGCAGAGACAGUAUUUUUAUGAAGAAAAUAAAAAGACAGCUAAAUACUUUUCAACACUCAAAUGUGAUUCCAGAAAAGGUAAAUGGGUUGACUGGAAGCUUUUUUUCAGCUGAGAAGCCGCACACCGUUUCGCGAGCCCAACGGAUGCGAUCCCAGCCCGAGCCGCGACACAACGCCAACUCUCUCUGUCUCCAGCCUCUGGUUCGCGGCUCGUGCCAGGAGACCCACGUCCGCUACUACUACGACAUGAGCUCCGACUCGUGUCGUCUCUUCGAGUACUCUGGCUGCGACGGAAACGCCAACAACUUCGGCUCGCUUCAGGACUGCCAGCGCCUCUGCAUCCUUGACAUUCAAAGUCAGAUUUUUCCUUUUUCCCCAUCAAACUUUUUUUCAAGAGAUCGGAGGAAGUGUGCCUACAAUCGCGUCGACGACGGAGACGCCUGCUGAGCCGGAAGAAACUCUGGCGCCGGGACAGUGUCCUGGAGGAAGAGCCCCACUCGGCGGAUCUUCUCCAGUUCUCUGCGGAAACACGACCGACUCGAUCGGCUGCCCCUCGUCCUACUACUGCCGACGUGGACCUCCUGAUGUCUGCUGCCCUGGAGUCGAUCCCAAGCUAGGUUAGAGCAUUUUCGAGACUUUUAAGAUGACUUUCGAUGUUCAGAGAAGCCAGAAGACAUUGUGACCGAUGCCAACCGAGGAACUGUCACCAGCGAGUCAAACCUCCCUCGUGGAUUCAACCGGAAAGUCUUCCUGUCGACUCCGAAGUCAGUUUGGUAUUUUCUAAAUUAAACCAAAAGAGAACGGCUUUUAAUUUGGAUUAAUGUUCAGGUACAUGUGCCCCGACGCCGCUGAUCCUCUGAUGAUGGAGAACAACGAACCUCUUCCCUGCGGAUCAGGCUUCGACGGUCUGAAAAUGUGUCCGAAGGGAUACUACUGCGCCAUUGACGUUGAAAAGAGCUGUUCGUUUGAAUUCUAUAUACCCUAAAAUGGAUGAUUUCCUUCAGCUCGGCUCUGCUGUCCGAUGUUCGGAGACGCUCAAAGAAUCGCCUCUGAAGAAAUCUUUGCCCACAGACUUUCUCUUUCUGACUCAACGACGACCACCACCACUUCUCGUUAGUUUACAACUUUUAAUAUUGGAAAAAAAGGGGUUUAGCUUUCGAAGCCAGCGAGAUGGAAGAGGACGAAGACGAAGAGGAGGAGGAAGGGCCUUUGGCUCACCUCCAAAUGAAGCCAAUGAGUCCGCAGAGAGAUCAACUCCAGAAGCUCGCUGAAACUUCACCAGCGGCGCCUGAAGUUGAAGCAGAGAACGUUUCCAUCGACCUGGGUGGUGCCAAAGAGACGCCGUCAGAAGAAGUGACGACGACGACCCAGAAGGCAGUUCUGGACAAGUCCAUCUGCCAGAUCAAGCCAUCUGAAGGUAAGACCUUGUCGAAAAUAAGUUUUAACGAGGAAAUGUUACAGGCCGCGUGUGCCGUGACGAUGAGAAGCCGUCGCGGACCAACCUACAGUACUUCUAUUCGCCGCGAGACCGCCGCUGCAAGCUAUUCUUCUUCCGCGGCUGUGGCGGCAAUGAGAACCGCUUCGAGAAGAAGUCCGACUGCGAAGCUCUCUGCCUUGUCUGA